GAAAUUAAUAUAAUUAUGUAAUGCUUCCACACUCAACUGCCCCAGUUUAUUUUGUGUUGAUUUAGUAAAUAAAUAUAUAUGAAAAAUUAAGCGCUCGUUUUUAAAUUAAAGUUUUUGUUUUCGCUCAAAAAGACAAAGUCGAAUAAAAUCUAACUGUGAAAAACGCUAGCAAGCUGUCCGUUAAAAAUUCAUUGUAUCGCAUUGUAUUGCAUUGCAUUGGAUAUUAUACUUGUAUUGUGGUGUCUGGGCUGCGUCCGGUGAGCGGCAUGUGCCCCAAUCAGGGAGUGGAGGGCAGCCUCUUGCCCGACUGUCACAUCGCCAAUCGUGUGUUUAUGUAUUCCGUGUUGCACUCGAUGCAGGCCGAGGAGCGGCGCGACGAGGAGGUGGACGCCGAGUUGCGCGAUCGAUAUGAGGUGUUCCGUGAGGUGCUCCACAAUUUCCCCAUACCGCUGCAUGCCCGGCCGGAGGGCGCCUACGAGUACAACUAUGUGUACGAUGCGCUGCAGCAGCAGCAGCAGCAGCAGAGUCAGCGUCGGCGUCAAUUGUCGGAUGCACAGAGCAGCACCUCCAUGGAGAACAAUGCCAGUGAGUCGAGUGCCAGUCUAUCCAGCAUCGUGUCCAGCAUCAGCGACAGCUCCAAUCUGUCCGCUCGCUGCGAUUACUAUGAGAAUGCGGUGCGCAGCGCUCUAGCCCAGCUGGGAGGCGGUAGCGGCAGCGGACCGGCCCAGGACAAGGACUUCAAAGAGGACGAACAAUUGCUAGACAGCAGCGAUGAAACAAACUGAGUGAUGUACACUAUGUAGGCUAAGUAUUAUA